CGAUGCCCUUCGCCCCUUCCCGCUGCUCUCUUUCCGUCCGCUGCUCUCUCUCCGUCUUCUACCCCCACCGGCGGCAUCCUCUCCGUCCGGCGUCUGCUGCUCUCUCUCCAUCUUCUACCUCCACCGGCGGUCCUUAUCUUCGACACUGUCUUUGAGAUAAGGAUGAUGGAUGAUAAUGACUUGGGCUUCUUUGCCAAUUUCCUUGGCAUCAUGAUAGUUGUCCUGGUAAUUGCUUACCACUAUGUAAUGGCGGAUCCCAAGUACGACACGAGCUGAUACCCGAUCGCAUUUCAAGAUUUUGCCUAUGGAAGGAUCAAUAUGGUUGUUUAGAACUGAGAUUCUUACUCAACCACUGUAGGGUUCACUGGCUUCAAGACAAUGAUUCUGAUAUACCUUAUCCUGUAGUGCUUUUGCUUCCAAUUGUUUGACGGUAGAUUGUAAAGAAGUUAUCUUUACUUGAGAAGGUUUUUUGGCAUCAUCGUAGCCCCCAUAUUAAUUUCAUCUAGAGAAGCGUCCGACGAUUUCAUAUGGCGUUCUUAGCAACAGUUCAGUGUGCUUUGAGCUAUGAAUUUUUAAUUUUUGGCUUAUAGUGCAUUCAAGUAUAAAUUUUUAAUUUUUAGCCA